CCGCGCUCGUCCUCCUUGCCCGCCGGGCUGGCGGCGAGCCGGCUGCUGGGUACCUGGGAAGAUCUGCUCUUGGCUGUCCGAGCUGAGGCGAAAGUCCGGUCCCUAGAGCGCGGAGAGCGGCGGUGCCAGGCGCCUCGGCGGACUCCCCUUCAAGUGUACGUCUGCAGCGGCCCAUGCUGUCUGCCACUCAUGGGUGUAAGCAAGUUAGAUAUUCUAUACCGGAGACUUCUCCUCACAAAACUCUUCAUCAGAGGAUGGGGAAGGCCAGAAGAUCUCAAGAGACUCUUUGAAUUCAGAAAGAUGAUUGGAAAUCGAGAAAGGUGCCAGAAUCUGGUUUCAAGCGACUAUCCAGUGCACAUUGAUAAGGUUGAAGAACAGUCAGAUUGUAAGAUCCUAGAUGGACACUUUGUUUCUCCCAUGGCCCACUAUGUGCCUGGUAUCAUGCCAAUUGAGUCAGUUAUUGCAAGGUUCCAAUUUAUUGUGCCUAAGGAAUGGAACAGCAGAUACAGACCUGUGUGCAUUCAUCUGGCUGGAACAGGAGACCAUCAUUACUGGAGGCGCAGGACUCUCAUGGCUCGUCCUAUGAUUAAGGAGGCCCGAAUGGCUUCAUUGUUGCUAGAAAACCCUUAUUAUGGCUGCAGGAAGCCCAAGGACCAAGUAAGAUCCAGCUUAAAAAAUGUGUCUGACCUGUUUGUGAUGGGAGGCGCUCUUAUUCUGGAGUCGGCAGCUCUCUUGCACUGGCUGGAGAGGGAAGGUUAUGGACCUCUCGGAAUGACUGGAAUAUCCAUGGGAGGACAUAUGGCCUCCUUAGCAGUUUCCAACUGGCCCAAGCCCAUGCCAUUGAUUCCAUGCCUGUCUUGGUCUACCGCAUCUGGGGUCUUCACUACGGGUGUCUUGAGUAAAUCUAUUAAUUGGCGAGAGCUGGAAAAGCAGUAUUACACACAGACAGUUUAUGAAGAAGAAAUUAUUCAUAUGCUAGAGUACUGUGGGGUAAGUUUUCUGUUUGUUUGGUUGGUUGGUUUUUGGUUUUUGGAAAUAAGGAUUUCUCUGUGUAAUAGCCCUGACUAUCCUAGAAAAUGCAUCAAAAUUCUAUACUUAGUUCCAGUUGACCCAAGCCUCAUUAUAGUGGUACAAGCCAAAGAGGAUGCCUAUAUUCCACGGACAGGAGUUCGAAGCCUGCAAGAAAUUUGGCCUGGUUGUGAAAUCCGGUACCUAGAAGGGGGUCACAUCAGUGCUUAUCUCUUUAAACAAGGACUCUUCAGACAAGCCAUCUAUGAUGCCUUUGAACGUUUCCUUCAUAAAUAUGCUAACUAAUCGGAUCAAUGGAUCCUACUAAAAGCGUUCACCCUACGAUGAUGUGAAAAACAAGCAGACAGCAGUACUUACCUGAUUGCUGCCAUAUAGUCUCUGUGCCAGUGUUAUGGGUCAGUUACCAACUGUAGAUUCUAUUAAUGUAAAAGCAGUACUUGAAUCAUACAAUCCUGAAGUGUUUGUUACUCUUGAAAAUCUCAUAUGUCCAAUAUGACAUCUGUUGUUAAUAUUUAUAAAAACAUUUUAAUUAUGGAUAAUUUAUUGAUUCUGAAUAAAUAGGAACCCUAUUGGCUUUUAAUAGAAUUGUUGAAACUAAGAUUAUAUAACAUAUGUACUGUAUACUGUUAUAUGGCAUUUUUUGCUGUUAACUUGAUCUUAAAACCUGUGUUCCUCCUUUUUGUCUAUGUAGUGAGUUUAUAAUCUAGCUUUCAACUUUAGGUAAUUUACUGCCAUAGAAAUACCUAAGAUGUGUAAAUCAGUGUUACCUUUGAAUUAUGAAAACUAUCCUGACUGCUGAGCUGUGCCUCUGUGUACAAACUGCAAUCCCAGCAUUUGAGAAGUGAAAGCAAGAGGGUUAAGAGUCCCAUCAUUGUUCUUUACAGAGCAAAGUUGAGGCCAGCCUGAGCUACGCGAGACCCUGUCUCAAAAAAAUAUGGCUGGCAUGGUAGCUCAUAUCUUCAAAGCUGCUGACUUUUUAAAUGGGAUUUAUAUGGAUAGAUAUAUGGUGCUGAUAAUAAACUUCUCUGAGCAAGAAUGUUUAAAAGGUAAUAUUAAAAUGUGUUUGCUUGAAAUCUUUUAUUGCUCUUAAAUUUAAGUUUAAUGGAGAUAUGUGGAUUUUUUUUUUCUUUUUUUCAAGCCAGGGUUUCUGUGUAGCUUUAAAGCCUGUGCAUAGGUGGAUAUUAACAUGCCUUUGGCAGCUUUUUAAAGAUGCUGCGCCAUUCUAAUGUCUGUUCCUAAGGUUCCCGACAGCUGUUUAAACAUUUUUACUGUGGAGUCAGUGAUGGAAAAGUAGUUGCUUCUUGGACACUUGGACUUUCACAUACAACACAGUAAAGCUGUUAGAGCUACAACAAUUUCGUAUAUUCAGACUAGAACUUUUACUUUUGACUUCCAGGACAAAAUGAUCCUUUAAAUAAAACCUGUGCACACCUUUAAUCCCAGUGCUCUGGAGGCUGAGGCAGGCCAAUCUCUCAGCUGGAGGCCAGCCUGGUCUACUGAGUGAAUUCCACCAGGACUACACAGAGAAAACCUGUCUGUCUUUUUUAAAAAAAUAAAUAAAUAAAAUAAGAGAUUAAAUGUAUUACACCAUUCUAUCAUGCAUAUAGUGAGAGAAUUUCUUUGGAUUCUGAACAUAGUUUCAGCCAAAAACAACAUUUUUCUUCACAUAUGCAUUUAUUAAAAACAUUCUGUGGUAUGUAGUUUUUCUACUAGUAAAAUAAUGAAAAUUUGAUAUUUUUAUUAAUUCUUAGACUAUUUUAGAAUUUUUAUUUUUUAAGAACUGGGUGCAGAGUCAGGCAUGGUGGGACAUACCCUUAAUCCCAGCUCUGGGAGGCAGAGUUCAAGGCAAGCCUGGUCUGCCAAGCCGUUCAGAACAGUCAGAGAUACACAGAGAAACCUUAUCUCAACAGAGGAAAAAAAAAAGGAAGAACUGUGUGUCACUGGCAGGACAUGCCUGUAAUUCCAGCACUUGGGAGGUAAAGGAUCAGUCACAAGUUCCAGGCCGAUAAGGUCUACUUAGUGUGUUCCCAGACCACUCAGGACUAUCUGUCUCAAAUAAAUAAAUUCAUUUUCAUCCUUCAUUCACAAAACUGCCUAAGCUGAUUAGUUCAGAAAGAAAAAAAUACCUUUUUUUCACGUUUCUUUAAGCCCACUCAGCAUAAUAAUAGCUUAGAUACAAGCAUUCAUACACACACGUUAUAUAUAUUCUUUGAGAAAUUAAUGUAUUUUCAAAGAAGUCCUGCCUGCCAUUUUCCUGACACUUUGUGGAUUAGGUCUAUAAAUACUAUAGAUUCAAUCAGACCAGAGUUGCAGGGUACUAGUUUUCACAGGCCAGUUUGACCCAGUUUUUCUGGUGUGCAUAAUAGGUGUGGAUUCCCAAUUCUGCUAGCAGACUUCUUAUAUGUAAGUAACUACUACUCAGCUCUAAAGACCCCUGAUGGUUAGACUUCAUGAUUUGCCAAUGUUGUAAUUAGAUUUUAUCAAUGUAUUUUAAUGUGGUGCUUUCUCUAAUGUAUAUUAACAUUAUAACUGAAUUUUUAAGAUAUUUCCAAAUUUAUAUUUCAUAAUAAAAAUCUAUUUUAGAAGUUA